UUAGAUCCUUUUAUUCUCGUUCAAACCGGAUCUCUUUUUGCCCCCUUCUAAGACAUAAUCUCUUUCACAUUUAUUAAUGCCCCAAAUUUCAUACCACUACAAAUCUUGAUCCAAAACAACAACAGAAAGAAAAAGUUAUCUCUCUCAAUGGUUUUUGAUCAUAAUAAUAACAAUAUGGCUGAUUUUGGUGACAAAAUGGUAAGAUGUAAAGAAUAUAUGGAAGCUUUGGAAAUAGAAAGAAAAAAGAUUCAAGUCUUUGAAAGAGAGCUUCCUCUGUGUCUUGAACUUGUUACUCAAGCAAUUGAAGGAUGUAGACAACAAAUGUCUGGAACAACAACAACCGAUUACUUCAAUGGUCAAUCUGAAUGUUCUGAGCAAAUAUCAAGUGAAGGUCCAAUUUUGGAAGAAUUUAUUCCAAUAAAAAGAACUUCAUCAUUAGAAGAAGAAGAAGAAGAUGAUCAUGAACACACACAUCAACAAUUAAAUUAUAAGCCCAAAAAUAUUCCAAACAAGUUUUUAGAUAAAUCAUCCUCAUCAUCUUCCAAGAAAUCAGACUGGUUAAGAUCUGCUCAACUCUCUAUUCAGACCCCAGAUCCACUGGAAAUAUCACCAAAAAGAGUGCCAGUUGUGGAAGUAAAGACAAAUGGGUGUGGUGCUUUUCAUCCAUUUAAGAAAGAAAAAAGCUGCGACGGAGCUCCGGCCGCCGGAAAGGUGAAAUUAUCAGCUACACCCACCACAGAUCUUACAGCUACCGCCAGUUCCACGGCGGACACCCGUAGUGGUAGUGGUGGCUGUGACGGAAACAAGAAUGACGAUAAAGGACAGUCAAAUAGGAAAACUCGACGGUGUUGGUCGCCGGAGUUACACCGGCGGUUCCUCCAUGCUUUACAACAACUCGGUGGUGCUCAUGUUGCUACACCUAAACAAAUUAGGGAAUUAAUGAAAGUUGAUGGGCUCACAAAUGAUGAAGUAAAAAGCCAUUUACAGAAAUAUCGUUUGCAUACAAGAAGGCCAAGUCCUACAAUACAUAACAAUAACAACCCACAAACACCUCAAUUUGUGGUGGUGGGAGGAAUAUGGAUGCCGCCACCGGAAUACGCCACCAUGGCAGCCAACUCAACCCCGACUUCCGGUGAUACCAACAAUUCCAAAAAUGUAUAUGCUCCUGUUGCUUCUCAUCCGCAAUCCAUAGCAGAAGCAUCCAUGUCUCUAAACAAAAGCAAUUCCCAUGGUAACAAUGGUGAUGAUAGCCACCAUGAUUCGCAAUCGACUUCCUCAUCCACACACACCUGACACUAUGACGACUUAUCGAUAUUUUGACUUUUUGACGAGGGGUUAUUUCCGCUCGGCUUUGUGUAGAAUAUUUUUGUAACGAGGCCAUUUUUUGAUGUUGGUUUCUAUAUAUAGCCUUGUUGGUUGAAUAUUGUAAAAGUAUAAGAAAAUGUUAAGAGGUUAUUUUGGUUUAGUUUA